AUGACUUCAACGCCGCCGCCCCCAUUUUCUGCCCCCAGAACCGUCUCUGCCUCCCUCAAAUCGGUUUUGUUGGAUGAUUGGUGGCUCGUCAAGGCUCAAGGAAACAACGCCUUGGCUGUUGAAGGCUUCGCUAGAUCACUGAGACCUGCAAUAAGAACUUUUAGCUCGGCAGCAAUUUCAAAGAGACAUACUGCCACAACUCUUGAGACAAUAGAUGGCAUUAUUGUUACACUCUGUGGAUUAUUAAAUAUCUCCCGCACUAGUCAAAAUGGUUUUCCGCCGGAGAUUUAUGAUCGCUAUCUGCUUGGAUUUCCAUUUGACUGGGAGGAGCAUGCAGCUGCUUUGUUGGGUCAAGGUUCUACUGGCAAAAGUGCAUCAGCCAGAAAUUCAUCUCAGAAGUACAUGUCUUUAGAACAUAGUGAAAGUAAUCAGUUACCAUUUUCUAUAUCUGAUGUCCCAGCGACAGCGACACGUGAUUUUAUAAUGUCUUGUGUUGGAGAUUCUGAACAUUUGAAGACCAUUUUGGAUGAUAUACUGAGAACAUUGGGGGACAAUGUUUUUGGGGAUACCACUCCACAAAUCAACUCAAACAUGGAAGAUAGUGAUCCAGUUGAAAAGGUGGAAUCUGGAUGCAAUGAAACGCUAACCAUGGCUAAGAAGGUUCACAUUGACGGUGACAGAAACAAGAGUGCAAACAUACAUUCAAAAGGCAGCCAGAAAUCUAAAAAAGGAAUGUAUUCUGGAAGAAACCUGACCGGCAAGAUAUCUGUACCGAGGAGAUCAAGUGCCAGGCUAAAGAAUAAAAAUGAAAUGCAAGACUCUUCUAUGACUUUGGACUCAGAACUCGAAGUGAUGCAUUAGGUCUGAAUGUUCUGUAUGCAAUCAAGGAGAAGCAACAUGCAGAAAGAAAGACGCAUCUCUAAUUUCCAACUGAGAACUCAAGAUUUCUGGAUGUGCUGUAUAUAAGUGUGCCAAUUUUUUGGUCAGUAGUGUUGAAGAAUGGCUCUAAGCCACAUUGCUUUUAACUUGUUUUUGACGCAAGUAGCUGUUCUUUUUACUAAUAUUUACAAGUUGCUUUUUUUGGUUGUUAUCAAAUGGAACUGAGUUAAUUAUC